GGCACCUGAGAGAGUGGGACUUGGACUGGGAAGGACCUUGGAAAGCACCUCAGCACGAACUAAACUGGGUUGAAGAGCGACAUCUCUUCGAAGGUGUGAUCCAAAAAGGUGUCGAUAUGAUUCCUCGAGCCCAGUUCCCAGAUGCGGAAGGAUGGGUUCAGGCACUUAACGACGGAGAUGCUUAUGCAACUGUGGCUAUACUUCUCUUCUCAACUUCUAAAACUUAAGGCACCCCGCUUGGACUAUUCCUUUGUCUGGAUGGGUGGAUAUUCGGGCAGGAUGGUUAAGCACUCUUUUCUAACCAAGACUGGAAUGCCAAACACGUUCGAUUGCCUCCAGUUCGUCGACUACGAUCUCCCCUCUACUACAACCAAGUCCGGUUUAUCGGGUGGUUUUCCCUGCCAUUUAUCCAUCAUCUGGCUAUCUGGCUGCGGGAUAUUGUCGACCUCGGGGCAAAUCCGAGGCUAAAUUUGGAAAACAAAACCGUGGAUUGAAAUCCGCUGGUGUUAGCUCGGUCAACAAUCUCAGAGGAUGUCCUAUUCCUGUUUGACACGCAACCCAAAGCUG